AGAUAAAUCUAGAGAGAGAGAGUUCUAGAGAGAGAGAGAGAAUUUUCAAUUAUCAUAAUUUCUUCACCCAAAAAUUCCUUUCCAUACUUAUUGAUGAUGAUGAUGUUGAUUUGUAAUGAUAAGAAAAUAGCCACCACCCCACCCACCAAAUUAGCUAAUUAAUUCACCUCCCAAAAAAAUAUAAAAUAUUUUAUUUAUUUUUAUUUUGUGUCAAUAUAUUAUAUAUACUCACAAUAUAUAAUUCUCUUCGGACACAAAACCAACACCACAAUUUUUUUUCCUCCUUCCCCACCAAAACCAUUUUUUCCAGACAGCAAAAACAAAUGGGUAUGGAAGAUUUAUGCAGUACAGGCCUGUUUCUAGGGUUGGGAUUUUCAUCACAAUCAAACGGAAAUAAAAAGCCAAUUAAUAAUAAUAAUAAUAAUAAUAUCGGCUCCGAUCAUCACGAGCCAUCUCUGAAACUGAGCCUCUCCGGCGAAACAUUCGACCAGAAUCAUGCCGUGAAGAAGGUGGUUAAGUCCGACGGCGAAAAGGGCGGCGGUUUUAAUGAUUUGUACAGACAAGACAGCGGCGGUUCAUCUUUCUCCGGCCACGUCAGCAGCAGCGUGAAGAGGGAGAGAGAGAAUUGCAGCGGCGGCGAAGAGGGAGGUGAGCUGGACAGGGUUAAUUCGUCUAGGGUUAGUGACGAAGACGAUGACGUAAUCAACGGCCGGAAGAAACUCAGGCUUACCAAAGCUCAGUCCGCCCUUUUGGAGCAGAGCUUUAAGCAACAUAGUACUCUCAAUCCUAAACAAAAACAAGAUUUGGCACGGGAUUUGAAGCUUAGGCCUCGCCAGGUUGAAGUCUGGUUUCAGAACAGAAGAGCCAGGACAAAGCUGAAGCAAACCGAAGUGGACUGUGAAUUCUUAAAAAAAUGCUGCGAAACCCUAACGGAGGAGAACCGGCGGCUGCAGAAGGAGCUGCAAGAGCUGAAGGCGCUAAAAUCGGCUCAGCCGCUUUACAUGCAGCUUCCGGCGGCUACACUCACUAUGUGCCCUUCUUGUGAAAGGAUUGGCGCCGCCGCCGCACCAACAGAAAACUCCGCCAAGAGCUCUUUUGUUUUGGCUCCGAAGCCGCCGCACUUCUACAACCCCUUCACCAAUUCCUCAGCCGCUUGUUAGUAAAUAUUAAUUAAACAUGGAACCGUGCCACAAACCAUGCUUUUUAAUUCGGUUAAUGGCUUUACUUAGGGCAAAGAAAAAAAGAAAAAAAAAGGAUAAAUUCAGCUAAUUAAUAGAAAUAAGGAAAUUACUAAUUAAUCAUCAUGUUUUCUUUUUUAAUUAUGUAAUCGUUUGUAUAUCAUAAAUUGUUUUAUUUUAAUAAUUAAUUAAAUAUUGUGUAAGGGAUUAUUUAAUUAUUUUAGUGUCGUCUUUUUGUCGCAGGAUGUAUCUUUUAAAUUGGUUGGUUUAUGAUUUGUAACAGAUUAAUAAUAUUUUAUUUAAAUUA